AAAGACUUUGGAAGAGCAAAGCUUCCAAGCUUUAUACUUUAGCAUAAGUUUUUCUCUUCGUGGAACUUUAGAAAAUGGAUGGGAAGAUGAGUUGGACAGUUGCAGAUGCCGUAGACUAUAAAGGCUUCCCAGCUGACAGGUCCAAAACAGGCGGUUGGGUGCCUGCAGCUCUUAUUUUAGGGAUUGAAAUAGUUGAGAGGCUCUCCACCAUGGGGAUUGCAGUCAACCUGGUGACAUACAUGAUUGGAAUCAUGCAUCUGCCAAGCUCUGCUGCAGCCAAUACUGUGACUGACUUCAUGGGCACAUCAUUUCUCCUGUGUUUGCUGGGAGGUUUUCUAGCAGAUUCCUUCCUUGGAAGAUACAAAACAAUUGGGAUCUUUGCUUCAAUACAAACACUGGGUACUGCUACACUAGCAAUCUCAACAAAAUUGCCACAGCUACGUCCACCACCUUGCCAUGCUAACAGUGACAGUUGCAAAGCAGCCAAUGGAUUCCAAAUGGGAAUCUUAUACUUGGCUCUAUACCUUAUUGCACUAGGAACUGGUGGCCUCAAGUCUAGUGUUUCAGGAUUUGGGUCUGACCAAUUUGAUGAGAAAGAUGAGAAGGAGAAAUCCCAAAUGGCCUAUUUCUUCAACAGGUUUUUCUUCUUCAUUAGUUUCGGAACACUGGCAGCUGUCACAGUACUUGUCUAUAUACAAGAUGAAGUGAGUCGCAGUUGGGCUUAUGGAAUAUGUUCUGUUUCUAUGGUCAUAGCCAUUUUGGUGUUCUUAUCAGGAACUAAAAGAUACAGAUACAAGAAGAGUUUGGGAAGCCCCAUUGUCCAUAUUUGUCAAGUUAUUGUUGCAGCAAUGAAGAAAAGGAAGAUACAACUCCCUUACCAUGUUGGCUCUUUGUAUGAGGACACUCCUGAGGGUUCAAGAAUAGAGCACAGUGAUCAGUUUCGUUUCUUGGAGAGAGCAGCUAUUAUAGCAGAAGGUGACUUUGAGACAAAUUUAUCUGGUUCUGCUCCAAACCCAUGGAAAUUAUGCUCACUGACGAGGGUAGAGGAGGUGAAAAUGAUGGUGAGACUUCUGCCCGUGUGGGCCACAACCAUCAUAUUUUGGACCACCUACGCACAGAUGAUAACCUUUUCAGUUGAGCAAGCCACCACCAUGGAAAGGAAUAUUGGGAGUUUCCAGAUCCCAGCAGGCUCUCUCACAGUCUUCUUUGUGGCUGCAAUACUAAUCACUCUGGCUGUUUAUGACAGAGUCAUAAUGCCCCUUUGGAAAAAAUGGAGAGGCAAACCAGGUUUUACCAACCUACAAAGAAUUGCAAUUGGACUUGUAUUUUCCAUUUCUGGAAUGGCGACUGCAUCUAUAUGCGAGAGGAAACGUUUGUCAGUGGCAAAAGGAGUAAGUGGAAACCAGGCAACACUGCCUAUAAGCGUUUUCCUCCUGAUACCACAGUUCUUCUUGGUUGGUGCUGGUGAAGCAUUCAUAUACACUGGCCAACUUGAUUUCUUCAUAACACAAUCUCCAAAAGGAAUGAAAACAAUGAGCACGGGUCUCUUUCUCACAACAUUGUCUCUUGGUUUCUUUGUGAGCAGUUUCCUUGUCUCAGUUGUUAAGAAAGUUACUGGCACAAGAGAUGGACAAGGAUGGCUAGCUGACAACAUAAACAAGGGCAGGCUUGAUUUGUUCUAUGCAUUGCUUACUAUACUUAGUUUCAUUAAUUUCGCAGCAUUUGUGGCAUGUGCAGUUUGGUACAAGCCUAAGAAACCUAAGCAAGGUUUGGAAAUGGGUGAUGUUAAUGGGUCCUCAGGUGAGGAGAAGUGCUGA